CUCUCGCGGAACUUCAAAACGAUUUUCGAAGUCGACGUCGACGGUUGUGUCGCUUUUUUGUCACUGCGUUUGGCCACUCGAUGGAAAUACUAAAACUAAACAAAAUAGGGCUUCAAAAAUCGAAUAAAUAAUAAAGAAUAGUUUCAAAUCCAAAGCACAAUCAUUAAUUCAAUUUCAAAAAACUCCGGAAUGUCGAAAAAUUUGCAAACAAAAAAAGUAUAGCAUACUUUUUUGCGACUGUGGAAAAAACGCCCACGCGGCCUUCGAAAAAAUGAAUUAAAAGAUGAUAAGUGAUCUCUAAAUAUGAUACAAAAUCGUUAAAGGAUUCAAGCGAGAAGCCCACGAUAAAGGACUUUUUUUUGGUGCGCCCCGAAAGGCGUUGCCAAAUCUGAGGCUGAAAGGAUAAAACAACAAGACCACAACUAAAUCCGAAAUCAACUUUUAAUCACCAGGCACCAGAAAAACGAGAGAAAACUCCUUAAAACAAGGACCUAAUAUCAACUUAAGAAUAAAUGAACAAAAUAUUAAUCAUACGCACCGUUUGAAAAGCACCAAGUGAAAAAUUAUAAAAAAACAAAAAAAAAAAUAUCUGAAAACCACACAAAACCGAAAAUAAAGAACAAACAAAGGAUAUAAAAAGGGAAAAAAAUUCUCCAGAGAAGGAACAGCAUCAGUGGGAGCAUCAUCAGCAAGAACAUUGUGCUGCAUAAAUAAUACACUCGACACACGCACACGGUUACCGAUACCGAUACGGUUACGGAUACGUAUACGCCAUAUAGGCCAGGACAUACCAGCAGGACUCCAGCACAGCCAGGACCCACACACGCAUGCAGGACAGGGACGCAGGGAGGCACUGGCUCUGCUCCUGUUCUAUUAUUUAACUGCUUUCAACGUCAGCACAGCGCCGUUCAACUUGACGAAAGUCGAUUGAAAGCCGCCUUCAACGGCCCAGCAUCCCUUUGCUCUUCCCAGAGAGCGGACGAGAGAGAGAGAGAGAGAGCGAGUCCUUUGUUUGCCCGAUUCUCUCUGUGUGUGUGUGUGACUGUUUGUGAGAGUGUGUGAGUGUGCGACGUCAACGUCAAUCCGCUCAAUAUUUAUACAUUGAACCGAGGCUGCUGGCUCCUGGCCCACGACGAGUCGCAGAGACGCUCCUGGCCUCCUCGCUGGGUCCCAAAAUAAAUAACAUCUGACAGCUGCCCGAAUCCUGCUGAAUCCUGAAAGCACUUAACUGGCGCACUAGGCAAAUAAAAAAAUAACAACAAAUUAUCAACCAAACUGAACGCGAUCUUAAAAGAAAAACAAAACAAUGGGUGCCAAGGAAAGUGUCGAGGCAGCCGCCAAAAUGAACGCCGAUGGCUGGGGCCAUGUGGAGCGAGGAAGUCGCUACCACGGCCACCGGCACAACCAGCGAUCGCAGUCGCUGAAUCGCGGUCAGGCGCUCUCGCAGGCGGACGUGAGCGGCAUGUGGUGACAUCGGGGUGCCUCUGGUAAAG